GAUCAAUCGAGAUCAAUUUUCCCAGCAAGCGGUUGCCAUCCGUGAUAUGCAUGACGAAGCCACGGGGUCCUUCACGUCAUGUCGGCAUCGAAACGAAAACACGAUGCUGUGCCUAGUACGAUGGUGCAACGAUGGACUUCGCAGCCCCAGCCGCGGCUAUCAUGUCAGAAUUGUCGUCUAAAGAAAUGGCGAUGUGACCGCAAACACCCUUGUAACAACUGCAGAUUACGGAAAAGCCACUGCCAAUAUAGCUCUGGAUCGGGCUCCCACGAUCUUCCGAGUAAACCAGGGAGACAUGAUCAGGCCGGUAACGGAACUGCUGCUUCCAUGAUUUUGUCACCAUCUUCCCCCUCAGCAGAAGUCAAUUCCACACUAGCUUCCCUACCCACUAUUGACGAUUCCAAUGGCUUAGUGAAACGGAUCCGUAGGCUAGAAGAAGCUGUCUUUGGCAGAGCUUCGGUAGUCCAUGGAACAAGCGUGGGUGAUCAAGGCGCUUUGUUGCCCUCUGUACCUUCAACUCAGCAACAGGGAGUCGAGGCCAUCACCGCUGCCUCUGGCGCAGACAAUGCCCAGCCUGCAAGAGGCUGGCACGGUACUUCUUUCGCCAAGCUGUCUCUUUCAACAGUACGGAAACGCAUCAUCGCAUUCGAUGAGGGCUUGCAAGAUCCAAGAUGUAGAGCCGAAUGUCUUCCCCCGGUUGAGCAAGCGCGCCAGCUUUUCGACCAAUUUGUCCAGGCCGUCCAGCCUACAUUCGGUGUCCUACAUAUACCAUCUGUUCGGGUCUUGAUGGAGGAGAACUACCGGAAUCUUUCCCAGGGCAAGGACCCUAACUUUGUUGUUGUCAUUCUGCUUCUGAGCAUAUUCGCCGGCGGAGCUCUUGUUGCGACCCCUGAGCUUCUAGGAAAUCUUAGGGCCACAGCAGUGGGGGCUAAGACUGCCUUCGCCACUUAUACACGUCUCUCUAUGACCAUGUUAGAUUAUCCUCAGCGACCUAUAGCCCCGUCAACGGUGGCUCUUCUCGCCAUAACGACUCUCUGCCACAUUCUAACACAUUCGGAUGGAUUUUCCGAUAAAAUACAGGCUCUCCGAAUGCGCGCGAUCUUCAUGGCACGGUCAAUGCAGAUCCACCGCCUGGACACUGUGAGAAGGCAGGAAGAGCGACAGCGCACCGGGUAUGAGAUUGUCGAGAUUGAAGUCCAGAGACGAAUUUGGUGGCAUAUCGUGUCAUCCGACUGGAUAGUCUCACUCUCCCAAGGGCCACAGGAGGGCUCGUACCUUCUGCACCCGAAACACAUGAGGGUCAACCAUCCUCGUAAUAUCGACGACGAGUCCCUGGCAACCACUAGACCAGAUUACGGGUUCCCCCUCACCACCCCGACCUGCAUGUCGGUCUUCAUCCUACGAAUCCACUUCGCCGAAAUCUGCCGCGAGAUUGUGGAUGCCUUCCCCUCUAUGUUCCUCGGAGAGAACGAGCUGCCUGACUACGACGUGAUACUCGACCUAGACCGCAAACUCCACCACAUCCUCGACACCUUGCCGGUCUUUCUCCGCCUCGACCCUGAAAGCGUUCGGCAAAGCCGCGAGAUCAUCACCGAGCGGCCCUACCUGGCCUGGCAGCGCACCAUCGGCCACCUGGGCAUCUACACCCGCAUCUGCCGCCUCCACCGCCCCUUCCACCGCGAAGCAUCCUCAAAACCUCGGUUCGCCUACUCCCGCGAGACGUGCCUCCGGUUCGCGCAUCGCAUCCUCGACCUCCGUCGCACACUGGACGAAACCGGCUCACACGUCGGCUUAAAACCGGCCAACUACUGGAUGGUCAUGCAGAAUGUCUUCUUCGCCGCCAUGGUCUUGGCCUCCGACGUCUCGAUGUACCCAGCUAGUCUGGGCGCGGAGACGAGGAAGCAAGAGGUCUUGGACGCGUGCAAGAUGCUGGAGCAGUCACGGCGCCAGUCACCGAACCUUAACGAGGCGAUUCAGAAGAACACUCAAACCCUGCUGUCGAUUCUUCAGAGCGCGCAAAAGGAGCAACAACAACAUCAGCGCCCGAAGACCAAUCCGGGGCUGAUGAUGGCCAAUACUUCGUCAUCGUACCUCGCAGCCACACCUAAUAAAUCUUCUAGUCUAUUGCCACAAGGAGAGGCGAACGGGAGCACGAGCGCGGCAGAAGCAAGUACACAACAGCUUACCUUCUCCGAUGAUCGUCCGACAGCAAGGACUAAUCCUAUGCCGUGGGACGCCACGGCUACCCACCACGCCGGAGAGGAAAGCUGGGGCCAGUUGUGGUCGGAUCUGUUUGCCGUGGCGCCGGAUAUCGACGACCUACAGUGGGAUCUCCUGUUGGACGACUGGGAUAUUCCUCUUGAUACAGGAUUCUAAGCACGAAUGGAAG